UUUUGUUCGGGCAGGAGCGGGGCGGGCGGCAGUGCCCGCGCGGGGAGCGGUGCGAGUGCAGCCAUGGAGGUGAUGAACAUGAUGGAGCAGCCCAUCAAGGUGACGGAGUGGCAGCAGACCUACACCUACGACUCGGGCAUCCACUCAGGUGUCAACACCCAGGUGCCCUCCGUCAGCAGCAAGUGCAUGGGGGACGACGACGAGGUGUACGGGAAGCAGUACACCAUCAAGAAGACCACCACCACCAGCUACUGCCAGGGCGGGAGCCAGGGUCAGGGCCAAGCGCAAGCCGACAUGGAGGCUCAGCUGGCCAUGACCCGGGCUCAGCGUGUCCGUGCUGCCAUGUACCCCGAGACGGUGGAGGACCGCUCACUGCUCAUCACCACGCAGGUGGAAGGGCAGCAGACCAACGUGCAGCGCCUGGCAGAGCCCUCGCAGAUGCUGAAGUCGGCCAUCGUGCACCUGAUCAACUACCAGGAUGAUGCUGAGCUGGCCACCCGCGCCAUCCCAGAGCUCACCAAGCUGCUCAAUGACGAGGACCCGGUGGUUGUCAGCAAAGCAGCCAUGAUUGUGAACCAGCUCUCCAAGAAGGAAGCAUCCCGCCGUGCCCUGAUGCAAUCAUCUCAGAUCGUGGCGGCUGUGGUGCGCACCAUGCAGAGCACCAGCGACCUGGACACGGCGCGCUGCACCACCAGCAUCCUGCACAACCUCUCCCACCACCGUGAGGGACUGCUCUCCAUCUUCAAGUCUGGCGGCAUCCCGGCCCUUGUCAGGAUGCUCAGCUCGCCGGUCGAGUCAGUCCUCUUCUACGCCAUCACCACGCUGCACAACCUGCUGCUCUACCAGGAGGGUGCCAAGAUGGCGGUGCGCCUGGCUGACGGGCUGCAGAAGAUGGUGCCUCUGCUGAACAAGAACAACCCAAAGUUUCUGGCCAUCACCACCGACUGCCUGCAGCUGCUCGCCUACGGGAACCAGGAGAGCAAGCUGAUCAUUUUGGCCAACGGAGGCCCCCAAGCCCUGGUGCAGAUCAUGCGCAGCUACAACUACGAGAAGCUGCUGUGGACCACCAGCCGGGUGCUCAAGGUGCUGUCAGUGUGCCCCAGCAACAAACCCGCCAUCGUCGAGGCCGGUGGCAUGCAGGCUCUGGGCAAGCACCUGACCAGCUCCAGCCCCCGGCUGGUGCAGAACUGUCUCUGGACCCUGCGGAACCUCUCUGACGUGGCCACCAAACAGGAGGGCCUGGAUGGAGUCCUCAAGAUCCUGGUGAACCAGUUGAGCUCUGAUGAUGUCAAUGUGCUGACCUGUGCCACCGGCACGCUUUCCAACCUGACCUGCAACAACAGCAAGAACAAGACCCUGGUGACACAGUCCAACGGGGUGGAGGCACUGAUCCACACCAUCCUGCGGGCGGGCGACAAGGAGGACAUCACCGAGCCGGCCGUGUGCGCGCUGCGGCACCUCACCAGCCGGCACCCCGAGGCAGAGAUGGCGCAGAACUCCGUGCGGCUCAACUACGGCAUCCCCGCCAUCGUCAAGCUGCUCAACCAGCCCAACCAGUGGCCGCUGGUCAAGGCCACCAUUGGGCUGAUCCGCAACCUGGCCCUGUGCCCGGCCAACCAUGGGCCGCUGCAGGAGGCGGCCGUCAUCCCACGCCUGGUGCAGCUGCUGGUGAAGGCUCACCAGGAUGCACAGCGUCACGUGGCAGCCGGCACACAGCAGCCCUACACGGAUGGCGUCAAGAUGGAGGAGAUUGUGGAGGGCUGCACAGGAGCGCUGCACAUCCUGGCCCGGGACCUCAUGAACCGCAUGGAGAUCUUCCGGCUCAACACCAUUCCCCUCUUCGUGCAGCUCCUCUACUCACCGGUGGAGAACAUCCAGCGCGUGGCAGCCGGCGUGCUGUGUGAGCUGGCCCAGGACAAGGAGGCUGCCGAUGCCAUUGAUGCCGAAGGGGCUUCAGCUCCGCUCAUGGAGCUGCUGCAUUCCAGGAAUGAGGGAACAGCCACCUACGCGGCCGCUGUGCUCUUCCGCAUCUCCGAGGACAAGAACCCCGACUACAGGAAGCGUGUGUCUGUGGAGCUCACCAACUCGCUCUUCAAGCACGACCCCGCGGCCUGGGAGGCGGCUCAGAGCAUGAUCCCCAUCAAUGAGCCCUACUCGGACGAGCUGGACCCCGGCUACCGCCCCAUGUACUCGGGUGACAUCCCCCUGGACCCCAUCGACAUGCACAUGGACAUGGAUGGAGAUUACCCCAUGGACGCCUACAGCGACGGCGUCCGCGCGCCCUUCGCCGACCACAUGCUCGCCUGACCGCCCGCACAACAACAGGCGUUUCCUCCGUGCCGAGGGCGGCCUCAGAGCUGAGCGAUCGUGAGAAGGACUCGGGAGACAGAAGUGCCUGAAGACAAACGUCCCCAUUCCCACGAGAGGUUUCAUCUUUCCGUUUUAUUUUCUCUUCGCUGUGGGUCUGUGCAGGUCCUUCCUCCUGGGACUGCUUCGAGCGCCUACUGCCGCAUCCAGCAUCCAAAUACUGUUUCUGAAGCUUUAAAACACACAAAUUCCGCAUCUUUACCAACCUUUCAUUGGCAGAAUAGUCUUUUCUAUGAAUACAUAUAUAUUUCCUUUUUAUUUUUAAUAUGGUGCCAACGGCUUUUGCCGUCUUUAAGUUUGUGCUUUCUAACGUCCCCACGAUUUGUUCUGCGCGUUAACGUUCUAGGGAAGGGAUCCGAUGGGAGAAACCCUUUGUUUUCUGCAAACUCUGCUGUCAGAAAGGCAGCCCGGGGUUUGCUGAGAACAAACGGAGCUGCACCCGGAGCCCUGGGGCUGCCGUGGGUCUCAGAUCUGCUGCUGGGAGCUGACUUGUCCCCGCAGCGCCCAUGGAGGAGUGACUCCAGCAUUACGAACCAUGUCCUUGUACCGACCCCUGUUGCACAUUUUAACCCUUUCCCCUUCUUUUGGUGAGUGGUGUGUUUCCGUCCCCUUUCCUUAUCUGAUGACUUUUCUGAAGAGGCUCUGGAUCUGAUGGUCUAACACUCCGCCUGGCAGUGGACAGACUGUUACUGCAGUGUGGGUCCGGAAGGGGAGAUUUUAUUAUUUCUAUAAGUUGUUUUUGUAUAGACCAAAGUAAAGAAUAAAAUAACCCCCCCAG